CGAAGGUUCCGGAGCCCGCGCGCGCCCCCGCCCCGCCCGCGCCGCCGCCGCCGCCGCCGCCACCGCCGCUGUCACCGUCAACGCCACCGCUGUCACCAGCCGGCUCCGGUGCGGACACCCCCGCAGCGGCAGGUACCUUUGCUGAGAGGUGGCAGAGCAGCCUCAGGACACCACCAUGAUGGAGGAUCACGCACCUGGCCAGGAAAAACACUUCUCAUCAGGCUAUCCCCUUCAGAUACCAGUCGAUGAUGGAUCGGAUGAGCCUGUUUCUGAAACCUCUGACGCUAAGAGCACCCCAACUACGGAAGAUGCCACAGCACCUUUAGUGGAGGAAGGAGACCACGAGGAUCAGGGUGGUGUGGAACAGCACGGGGAGAUCCCAGAAGGAACCACAGCUGAAGAGGCGGGCGUGGGAGCCACUCCCAACCUGGAGGACCACGCUGCAGGAGAUGCCACUCAAGGCGAGCCGAGCUCUGCAAAGCUCCAGCCUGGCCCUCAGGAGCGUGUGGGGGAGGCAGUGAAAGGUGCCAGCCAGCCCCCAGAGCAGGGGCUGGGGCCUCAGCAGCCACCUGUGCCCCGUGAAGCCAAGGCUCCAGCAGCAGCUCCCACCAGGAUCGAGGUCACCAUCCCAAUCCCCCUGGACAUGUACCAAGGCUCCGGAGGCGGCCAGGAGCCGUGGGACCUGGCAGGCAGAGAAAGCAGCAGUGCAGAGCCAGAGCUGGGCCUGGCAGGAGCAGGAGGAGGCACAGGUGACCACAAAGAUGGACCAUCAUCUCCUUUGUGUGCCAGAGCCACGGUCAAGGAAGGUUCUGGUGGACGGGAGAGGGACGAGGACCGGGAUGUUGAUGAAACUCCUGGGCGGGGUUUGCCUCCCCUCGUGGAUCAGCGUGUUUCUCUGGGAUCUGAAAAGGGCUCGUGUCCAGCAGCUGCCCAGGAGACUCGUGAAGAAUCUGAUGGAGAAAACAAGUCCAGAGGUGUUCUCAGAGACACCCCAGGAGAGGCACUUCUGGUUGAAGCUGAGUCACCUAAAGCAGGAGAGGACCAAGAGGAGAAGCGAGAGCUGCUGGGGGGAGAAGGAGCUGCAGACACCCCCCUGUCAGAGCCUUCUGGAAGUGUCUCCCAAAAACCUGAGGAGGGAGAAGACUCUGGGCCCGUGCUAGAAACAGCCAAACUCCCUGCUGAGGUAGAAGAUGGUGUGAAGGAUGAAGGUGCUGCUUUGGGAGAGGCUGUGCCAGCCUCGGGGGGCCGCCGGCCGCCCAGGAGGAAGCCAGGUGGGCUGGCUGCAGACAAGGCCAGUCGUGUCCCUCUGCUCAAAGGUCGUGUUGACAAGGAAGGGACCGAAGCUGAUGAAAAGAAACCCAAGGGCCCGGAGGCGCGGGGUGGCUCCAAGACGGGCUCGGCGCGCGCGGGGCAGGCGCAGAGGAACUCCACCAACGCCACCCGCAUCCCGGCCAAGACCCCCACGGCCCCCAAGACCCCUCCCAGCUCCGGCAGAAAGGAGCAGAAAAAGCCACCUCCUGCAGCAGCAAAGACUGAGAAAGGUGAGCAGCCCAAGUCUGGAGACAGAAGCGGUUACAGCAGUCCCGGCUCCCCCGGGACUCCAGGCAGCCGUUCCCGCACCCCCUCUCUGCCCACCCCACCAGCCAGGGAGCCCAAGAAGGUGGCAGUGGUUCGCACCCCCCCGAAAUCUCCCGCCUCCGCCAAGACCCGCGUGCAGCCGGCGGCCGCGCCCAUGCCCGACCUGAAGAACGUCAAGUCCAAAAUCGGCUCCACCGAUAACCUGAAGCACCAGCCCGGAGGUGGCAAGGUGCAGAUAAUUAAUAAGAAGCUGGACUUUAGCAGCGUUCAAUCCAAGUGUGGCUCAAAGGAUAAUAUCAAACACAUCCCGGGCGGAGGCAGUGUGCAGAUAAUUAAUAAGAAGCUGGACUUUAGCAGCGUUCAAUCCAGGUGUGGCUCAAAGGAUAAUAUCAAACACAUCCCGGGCGGAGGCAGUGUGCAAAUCGUUUACAAGCCAGUGGACCUGAGCCAUGUGACAUCCAAAUGUGGUUCCCUGGGCAACAUCCAUCACAAACCAGGUGGUGGCCAGGUGGAGGUGAAAUCUGAGAAACUGGACUUCAAAGAUAAGGUGCAGUCGAAAAUCGGGUCCCUAGAUAACAUCAGCCACGUCCCUGGAGGAGGCAAUAAAAAGAUUGAGACUCACAAGCUGACCUUCCGCGAGAACGCCAAAGCCAAGACCGACCACGGCGCCGAAAUCGUCUACAAGUCCCCCACCAUCUCCGGAGAUGCCUCCCCGCGCCGCCUUAGCAACGUCUCCUCCACCGGCAGCAUCAACCUGGUGGACUCCCCCCAGCUGGCCACGCUAGCCGACGAGGUCUCCGCCUCGCUGGCCAAGCAGGGCUUGUGAUCGCGGCGCGGCGGCCACCAGGAGAGAAGACAAGGAAAGGAAACGAAAAAAGAAAAGAAACAAAAAUAAUAAUCUGGCCUUCUUCCUCUGUUCCUUUUACAGCUGCUUCCCCAUCCCUAACUGGUUAAUGAUUUAACCUGCUUUUACUGUUCAUUCAGCUCUAGCUCCAGGACUUCAAAAUCAGUGACACUAUGAGGUACAAAACCUCCUCUCCCCCUGCUCCUCGGAGCGCACAGCCCGUCCCGUCCCGUCCCCGCGCUCCCCCUGCUCCUGCCCUCGCUGUCCCAGCCCUGCCCGGGGCCACCCGGCGAGGCGGGGAGGGGGCCCGAGGGGCGGCCACAGCACGACGCUGACCCGAGCACCCCGCACCAGCACAGGGCAGCGGGUGGCCCUCCCGGGAAGGGGCUGUGCCCUCGCCCAGCUCGUGUCCUGCCGCUGGCCGGGCUGGCUGCGCAGCCAGGGCCGCGGGGAGGUGCCCUCCCUCCUCCCCGCGUUAAAUUUGCCUGCCGAUUUGGAAGAAACCUUUUGUUUUUAUUUCCGAAAGCCGAGAUGUGUAUGAAGAUAACGGCCAGGUACCCCCUAACCCGCUCUCAGCUCCGGCAGCUGGAGUCCCGGCGAGGCCGGGUGCCCGCUCCGAGGGGCCCCGGGCGGCCGUUCCCCUCUCCGUGGCUGUGCUGGAACCGCUGAGUGGAUGAGUAGAGGCUUUCCCCCAUUCCUUUGGCAGCCCCUCGUGUCGUAGAGUAGAUUUGUCUGUAUAUGCUUGGACCGUGCCAGGGUGAUUGUUUUCAUAAACGAGCAUGUGUUUGAAAAAUAAAUGCUGUAAGUAGUUUUGAGCUGCCCCGCGCCGGCUCCGCCGCAGCCCAGCCGGGGGCCCGGGGAGCUCCGGUGCCGCAGGAGGAGCCCGGCGCCGCAUGUCUGCCGGGGGGCCGGGCAGCGCCCCGGAGCUCGGAGGAGGGGCACCCACAGCUCCAGGGCUGGGAUGGCUCCUGGAUUUGGGUGCAGCUUGUGACAUUUUUGGGUUGUUCUUUUUCUUUCCCUGCAAGGUCAGCUCAGCGAUGGCGGAGGUGGCAGCUCCAUGGCUCUGCUGCGCCGGUGGCAGCGGUGAGACCCCGGCAGGACGCGGGGGAGGCGGCAGCAGCUCCCCCGGCCCGGGGCCAGCGGCUGCUCCCUGGCACUGAAGCCCCUUUCCGGGCGCUCCCCGGUGUGAGUUGGCAGCAUCUCACCCCUCACACGGCACUGAGCACCCCAGCACCACUCGGGGACAGGAGCCAGUCGAGUUCUUGCUCUGGCUGCUCUUGUUCCUGUGGCUCCUUGGGGAGCACGAGCAGGUCCUGUGGCUGUCCCUGCCUGCCCCUUCCCUCUACAACCAAAGAGGCCGAGAUGCCACCAGUGCAGCUGUGUGUCCUCCUGUCCUGUCUCCCCCAGGGGCCCCAGCCGAGCUCUGGGGGUUCAGCUGGAGGUGGGAGGGCAGAGGGGGCCCGGUGGGGCCGCAGCCCCUGCAGCCCCAGGCUGUGCUGCAGGGAAAGCCGUGCUUUCCCAGCGAGGGCUGCAAUCCUGGUCCAACAGGGCUGGCGGGGGGUCAGGGCCCCUGGUUGUCCUUGGUGUGGUGGCUGGGUGCCACCGAGGCUGCCAGAGCAGCUGUUCCUGGGCAGAGCAGCAAUUCCUCCCUGGACAGGACCUGUGGGAGCUGUGAACCCCCUCUGGCCCCUGGCCCUCUGCAGGGCUGGGCUGCCGCAGGCCUGGCUGUGGAUGGAGAUGGUGUAGGGGGUCCAACCCUUCUCUCUGCAGCCCCAGGAGCUGCUUUAUUGCUGGGGAGAGGCUGGUCCAGCAGCACCAUCAUGUCCAGCUUGUCACUCGCUCCGUUCACUUGACUCCAUGAUUGUAAGACUCCGUGCUCCGUCCCUGACUCUGUAGCGCUGUAGGAGCCGCCGCGCUUUUUGUCCUUUGUAGAACGAGCAAGUUGGGAGAACCCUCAAAGCAUCACCUCCUUACCCCUUCUGGGCUGCAGGACGGGGCAGCUGAGCUCACCUGUCCUGUGCCACCCCUGUCCCCUCCGUGCAGCCCCUGAGGGACACCAGCAGCCAGGGUGGGAUGGCCUCGGUGUGCACAGUGAGCAGCCCCUUCCUACUGUGAGUGUCCCCAGCCCUGGCUGUUGUUCCCCCCGGGGGCUGUGGGGUGCCAGGACAGCCCUUUACAGCCACCACGUCACCCGCUGUCCCCUCCAGCAGCCUGAGCCACGUCCCCUGCCCCAACCCUGCGUUCAGACCCAGGCCCGAGGGUCCGGUGAGCAGCUGGACAAAACCUGACCCCCGGCUUUUCCUUUACUCCACACACAUCUUGGGUCUGAAAAGGGUUAAAACCGGCACUGAUUUAAAACAAAAACAAAAAAAAAAAAAUCGUAUUUCUGCACUCCAAAAGAUUCUGCGUGUUAGGCAAGGUCGGUGCCAGCCUGUGUGGUGUUGGCAGCCCCGUGCCCCCCGCGCUGCGCCGGGGAGGGGAGGGAAGGUUUGAUCUCAGUGUAUCAUUCUAGCUUAGCUUCUGUCUGUGGGUGUCCAUAGUGUAUCGUGUGUUUAACAACUGGUUUACACUGUUGCCGUAAAAGUGAAUUUGGAAAUAAAGUCAUUACUACGAUAA